CCGACAAACGCUCCAGUCAUACCUCUGUUGGUUUCCACUGAGAGCACAUCGACUGACAUUCAGCAGAUCUCAUCACGAACGUGACGAUAUGGAGAGAACAGACAGCCUUCCCCGCAGCGCUUCCUACUCCGGGUCCCGAGCCGAGUGGAUCGCCAAACGGGCCGACGACUUCGACGCCAAGGCACGGUCGUUCCUGUGCGGGCGGUGCGGCCAGCAGGCGGCCUGGGUCUGCCUGGACCCCGUUUGUGUGACCUACAACCGUGACAGAGUCUUGUGCCUGUGCGACAACUGCGACAAGAUGUUCCACCCGGCCACCAGCCCCGUCAUGCACAACCACCGCCGUCUGGGAGUCGCCCUGUACGUCUCCAUGCUGAUGCUGCACCGCUACCAGAAGGUCAUCGGCGCCAUGAUGACGAGGUCUCCGCACCACAGCCGUCCGUCCACGCCCGUCUCCACCGACGAGAGCGAAGUCACUUCAUCGCAGUCACCGACAGCCUCCCGCCCGGCCGGGCCAGCGCCGCCACCCGCCAGACCUUCCACCUCCUCCCCGGCGCCGUCCUCCUCCCCGGCGCCGUCCUCCCGCCCGGCCAGCCCCGACAGUACGGUCAACACCAGGAAGAGACAGCGGGCUGGGGACGACUCAUCUGAAGCCACCGCCAAGGUCAGCCGAACCGACACCGAUCGGUCGGGACACUUCUCUCUCGCCGCCGACCUGAGACCCAUCCACGACUCGUACGGCCGCAUCCUCGACCGACUGAGGCAGGACCGCUCGCUGUCCGUCUCCGAGGGCUGCAGACACGAACCCUUCGGCAAGCUGACCCUGAGGAACUACGCCGCCAUCGCCGAGCUGAGGAUCGUGGACUCAGACUUGUACACCUCCGUGCUGAACAACUACAUCCGGCGGGGCGAGGGGACCGGCACGCUGUCGGGGUUCGAGCGGGAGUGUCGGCAGGUGCUGUCCGGGUUCGUCCGACAGGUGACCGCCAUGCGGGAGCGGAGAGAACUCUUGCCACGUUUCGACUCCUGCUAGGAUUUUGAACUGUUGUAACUUAUGAUAUCUGAGGCGAAUAAUGUUGGUAUAUUUAUAUGCCAUUACAAGAAAGUUCCUUGUAAUGUACUGUAUGUGUUCAUAUGUUCUGUAUAAUGUAAAACUAUAGUCAGCAUAAUAUAUUUUGUAUGAUUUGUGACCUUUACUCGUAUAACGACGUAAUUUGACCUUGCAUUGCCUAUUUUAAGAUCACGGAGUGUGUAUUAGUAAUAAAGUGAAGAACUGACGAUGUCAAUUCAUUAUCCCUGUUGAGAUUGUCAUUCAU